AUGGCUCCAGCCCGGAGGGACUGCAGCGGCUGGGAGAUGUUCCUCCCGACGGGAUGCCUGCUCCUCUCUGUUUUGCUAUUUCACCCUGCCCUGGCCAAGGUGUGUAACGACCGCACCAAACACGGACAGGACAACAGCUGGUUCGCCAGGGACGGGGAAAACUUGCCUAUCAUGGUGCUUAUGCCAAUGAACGAGUCGGCCCUGAUGAGCAGCAUCAGCCAGGGGAUCGAGCCCGCGGUCCAACUGGCCAUCCAGCACAUACGGGAGUCCAGGAAGUACUCGUUCUCACUCAUCACCAAAAUCUAUGACACCGAGUGUGACAACGCCAAGGGGCUGAGGGCCUUCUUUGAUGCCAUAUGCUACGGCCCCAAACACCUGAUGAUCUUCGGCGGCGUGUGCCCUUCAGUGACCUCCAUCAUCGCAGAGUCCUUGGAAGGCUGGAAUCUUGUGCAGCUUUCCUUUGCAGCAACAACUCCAGUCCUGGCAGACAAGAAAAAGUACCCAAACUUUUUCCGCACCGUCCCGUCAGACAACGCUGUGAACCCGGCCGUGGUGAAGUUUCUCACCUUCUACAACUGGAGCCGUGUGGGGACCCUCACACAGGAUGUACAGAGGUUCUCCGAGGUGAGGAAUGAUCUAACAAGUGAGCUGGAGAAAGCAGACAUCCAGAUUGCAGAUACGGAGAGUUUCUCCAACGAUCCAUGUGUCAAUGUCAAGAAGCUCAAGGACAACGAUGUGAGAAUCAUCAUUGGCCAGUUUGACGAGAACCUGGCCUCCAAAGUCUUCUGCUGCGCGUACAACCUCAACAUGUUUGGCAGUAAAUACCAGUGGAUCAUCCCCGGCUGGUACCAGGGCAACUGGUGGGAGCAGGCCAACAGCACCAACUGCACCACCAAGAAGCUGCUCAGAGCCAUGGAGGGGUACAUCAGUGUGGACUUUGAGCCGCUCAGCGCUCGCCAGAUAAAGGGCAUCUCAGGCAGGACCCCUAAGGAGUAUGAGAGGGAGUACAGCCGAGAGCUUCAGCAGAAAGGUGUGGAGGCCAGCAAGUUUCACGGCUUUGCCUACGAUGGGAUCUGGGUCAUCGCUAAAACUUUAACUCGAGUGAUGGAACUGCUCCGGGUAAAACAGCGGCAGAACACCUACCACAAUUUCACCGUGGACGACCGCGAGGUGGGAAAAAUGGUGCUGGACGUCAUGAACGAGACCAACUUCUUUGGUGUUACGGGCCAAGUCAUGUUUCGGAACGGAGAGAGAAUGGGCACAAUAAAAUUCAACCAGUUUCAAGAGGGCAGGGAGGUGAAGGUGGGAGAGUACAAUGCCAUUGCUGAUGUGCUGGACCUCAUCAACAACUCCAUUAGGUUCCAAGGCGUGGAGCCUCCGAAAGAUCGUACAUUUGUGCGUCUGCAGCGCCGCCACAUCAACGUGCCCCUGUACAGCAUCCUGUCCACCAUCACCAUACUGGGCAUGCUCAUGGCGGGGGCCUUCCUGUUCUUCAACAUCAAGAACCGCAACCACAGACUAAUCAAGAUGUCCAGUCCCUACAUGAACAACCUGAUCAUCCUCGGAGGAAUGCUCUCCUACGCCUCCAUCUUCCUGUUUGGCCUGGAUGGAGGUUUCGUCUCUGACAAAGAGUUCGAGACCCUCUGCACUGUGCGGACAUGGAUCCUCAUCGUCGGAUACACAACAGCUUUUGGCGCCAUGUUUGCAAAGACGUGGAGGGUGCACGCCAUCUUCAAGAAUGUGAAGAUGAAGAAGAAGAUCAUAAAGGACCAGAAGUUGUUGAUCAUCGUUGGCGGGAUGCUGCUCAUCGACUUAUGCAUCCUCAUUUGCUGGCAGAUUGUGGACCCGCUUAAGAGGACUGUGGAGGAGUACAGCUUGGAGGCGGACCCCCAAGGCCGGGACAUAGCCAUCCGUCCAUUCUUGGAGCACUGUGAGAACACCCACAUGACCAUUUGGCUGGGCAUUGUUUAUGCCUACAAGGGACUGCUCAUGUUGUUUGGCUGUUUCUUGGCAUGGGAGACCAGGAACGUGAGCAUCCCCGCUCUCAAUGACAGCAAAUACAUCGGGAUGAGUGUUUACAACGUGGGCAUCAUGUGCAUCAUCGGGGCUGCUGUGUCUUUUCUUACGAGGGACCAGCCCAAUGUCCAGUUCUGCAUUGUUGCCCUGGUGAUCAUCUUCUGCAGCACUAUCACGCUGUGUCUGGUGUUCGUUCCCAAGUUCAUCACCAUGAGAACCAACCCAGAUGCAGCAACCCAGAACCGGAGGUUAAAGUUCACCCAGAAUCAGAAGAAGGAAGACUCCAAGACCUCCACCUCCGUCACCAGCGUCAACCAGGCCAACACUUCGCGACUGGACGGCCUUCAGACUGACAACCACCGCCUCCGCAUGAAGAUAACAGAGCUGGACAAGGAACUGGAAGAAGUGACCAUGCAGCUUCAGGACACCCCGGAGAAAACCCCCUACAUCAAACAGAACCAUUACCCUGACGCCAACAACAUCCUCAGCAUUCGCAACUUCACAGACGGAAAGGAUGGAGAGAAGUCGAUACUGAAGAACCACCUGGAGCAGAAACCUCAGGCUCAGUGGGGCUCCAUGGAUCCUUCUAGAAUAAACAGAGGUCCCCUGGAGGAUAUCAACUCCCCCGAACACAUACAGCGCCGACUGUCCUUGCAGCUGCCCAUCCUGCAUCACGCCUACUUGCCUUCCAUAGGAGGGGUGGAUGCCAGCUGCACCAGCCCCAACGGCAGCCCUGGUUCCAGCCCACGGCACAGACACAUGCCCCCCUCUUACCGGGUAAUGGUCUCUGGCCUGUGAGCUUCCUUCACUCCCCCACCUGGCUCUUUGCAGAGGAGACAUAUAUGGUUCUUUUUUUCUACAACAAAUAGACUGAUAUCAUCAGCGUACGUGCGUAUUUUGUCUCGCAACAAGGAGGACAGGGGGAGAAGAGAGGAAGGUGGGGCCGAGUUUCACUCUUCAUACUUCUCUUCACCCCCGCCUCUCUUGAGAACUUGAACCCUCAGUCAGGAAGGGGUGGGAGGAGACAGAGUGGGCACUGGAUGACACUAACAAACUCCCAUGAUUCACAGCAAUUUCCCCUUGUUCAUCUGCUCCCCUUGCCCAACAACACAAACAUAUACACAUAUGCACAAACACACUGACACCCCAAAAUCAGAGCAGCGGUGGACCAUCCCUAACCUGACGUGUAGCCUUAUAUGCUUCAGAGGGUCUGUUUCUGUUCCUGAUCUGUCGUACGUUUGUGUGAGCUCGCCAUGUGACGCGAGUAUUUCACCACCUCCAGGACUAUAUACCGGUGAGAAGACGUGGAAUUUACCAAACCCAACAAAGGAAUAUCAUCCAACUUACUCCCUGUUCCCUUCCCGUUCUUGUGGAGACAUGUAAAUAUUAUAAUUUCUGACUUUGAUGUACUGUACGCUUUGUAUAUGCUGUGAAUGGACAAUUAAAAGGGGGUUCUAUGUGUAGACCUUGAAGGAGAGGUAGGCAAUCAUGACAAGGCAACCUACAAAGAAAUAGGCAUAUGAAAGAGAUCUGAAUUGGUUUGUGUUACUGUUUAUAGAUCAGCUUAUGGGCAGCAGAGUAAGAUACAUCAAAGCGUGUGAGUCACUGAACAUGGAGAGGCACCAGAGGCCUGUUCCUCUAACUCGGUGAACGCCGCACAUGGCUCUUUUAUCCCUCUUUGCUAAAUUUGCUCCACAUGUUUCAUCGGAGAUUUCACAUCAAACUUUGCAUAGGCCUUUCAUAUUUUAAAAUAUGCUUAAUAUGUCCUCGGAAAGCAUGUUAUACAGAAUAUUGAUGCUAUGCCUUUUACCAGGUCUCCCAGGCUGCAUAUGUUAGAAAAUAGAGCUAAAAGGCACCACAAGAGUGUUCCACAGUUAUUAUUUAUGUGUGUUGUAUGCCAAGUAAUGCCCACAUUCAGAUGAACACUUAAGACGCAAGAGAGCACCUUAUUCACUCAGGUGCUUUUCAGACAGAAGAGGCGGGCCUGGUCAUAUUGAUCCCCACAGAGCGGUCUCUACAGACUGUUAGGAGGCCCCUCUGAUCGAGCCCUCACAGCUAACCAGCACAGGCACGGGGGACGGGGUCACGUCAAUGGCAUAAGGGCAAGGAAAGAACACUGAAGAAGUGAUGCUGGAAAGGAUGUAGGUCUACCAGUUCCCACAACAAGUUUGGAUGAAAUGGUCGACCUGAAUUUCCACGAGUGGCAGUGAAGACGAUGAACACACGGAGCGUGGAGUGAAAAGCCCCACUCGGCUGUAGCUCUCAGUCGCAAGUCGGCAAAGACACCACUGCUGGUCACAGUGAUAGAACAUCAAGCACAGACACAGGGCUUUCUGUCAUGUUGAGUGUCAAGAAAAAUCACUUCACACUUAGCAACAGGGAACAUACCUCAGUUGCUAUGGAGAUGUAAUUCAGUGCCGUUGAACUGGGCCCAAGAAGGCUGCACUGAGCAAAACAGUCGUCGACACGGUGUCGUCUUUUUCCUUUUUUGUAAAACUGUCCUCAUGCAGGAGAGAAGCAAACAGGGCCUCCAGACAAAAAAAAGGACUUUCUAUUGAGUGUGAGAAGGUUUGUUCUUAGCAUAUGUUUCACCAUUGGUGUCUUGGUUUUUAGUUUUUAAGGCGUUUGUUGAACGCUGUGCCUGUUGUCUUAUAUCGUAGCCUGCAGGACCCACAGUACAUUCAGAGGGGGAUAACGGCGCUGACCCAGUGAUCUACAACACUGGCCACACAUCUAUAAACGGAACAGCGUGUCAUAGAUUUAUUUAAAUUAAAUGCCUCAAUGCAUGGGACAGAGUGAGGGGACUCCACUUCUGCCGGAGUGUGUUUCCUCUGCAAGUCGAUGUCUGAUCACAAACACGGUCCUGAGAGGAAAGGCCAGUGCAGGAUACAGAGUGGGAGACAAGCUAGCAGACAUCCACCUGCUAUCGGACAUAUCAGGGUGACUUCCCGUGAGAGCUCCUUCCCCUUCCAGCCCCUGCUGAGCACAGGAGCAGGGAAACCCCGAGCACAGACCUCCCAGGAGUCACGGCUUCUCCCGCAACUUUGCCAACCAGAGAAACACGAGUCACUUGACAAGCGAGUGCCAGACAUUGUCAGAGGGUUGGAUCUUCCUUCAGGAGAAGAAAACCCACCUGCACAUUUUAUAUAUUACAUUAUAUGUGAUUGUGUACAAUUUGCUGAUACCCCGAUGAUGGUGUCCAUGUAUGGAAUAUUUGGUAUUUGGCUUUCUCAAGACGGCAUGAAAUGAAAUGUAUAAUUCUUCACAGAGUGAUCUCUGUUUUUUGAAAACUUCGUUGUUUCAUCCUCUCACCUACGAUUUGGAAAUUUAAGUUAUUUUAACCUGUUGAUCAGCUCACACGUGUCAAUGCCAAGAUUCUCAGUGGACGAACUCGACAUCAUCAUAUCGACUAUGCUACUGGUUUAGCAGUUAUUCACUGAGGGCAAUAAAGUGAAAGUAGUAGCAAACGAUCAAUCCUAAUAACCCACUCCUGGCAUUUACCAAAAUUACAAAAUGACGUUUUUUUUAGUCCAUCUAAAAUGCCAAAUGCAGAUCAUCAGGUAUUGUUCUGUUUUUUGUUACAUGUGCCCUGGUUUUUUGCUUCUUCUUCUUCUUCUUUUAUUGAGAUUCAUUUCCAACUUUUUUUCAACACUGAUGAAAAAUUGUUCAAAUGCAAUCGUGGUAGGUCAAGGGCUCAUACUUUCCUGUAAUAAAUCAUGACAUGGUUUGUAUUUGCUACAGGUCUUUUUACCUUUUCAGUUUUCAGAACAAAGUGACAUAUACGUAUUUAAUUAUAUCUCUGUAUGUGUCAUCAUCAGGGUUUCUGGAGAACACGAAACAUACAUGUCCAAAAAUAUAACAAUAUGACGUAUAUAUUUAGUGGAAACACAGGUCCAUACUGUUACUGUUCUGUCAGUUUGAUAUGUGCUAUCACAUGGAGUUCAGUUCAGAUAAAAGUCAAAACAGAAAACCUACGUUAAAUGCAAGAGGGGCAAUAAUUGUUUUCUUAUUACAGAAAGAAUAGAGAACUAUAUAUAUGUAUAUGUGAAAAGAUAUUUACGUACAUUCUCAUUUUUACAUAGGAAAUAUUUCACGAAUACGCCACAAGGAUACUUGGAAGUUGUUUUUUUUAUUUACAGUAUCUGUAACUAUGUUAUGUACAGAUGAGGUAUAGAUAUGAAAAAGUUGUAUAAAAUAAGUAUCACACUUGGAACACCUGAACAUUUUUUUUGGAGCCAUUA